AUGGAGGAGAAAAACUACGACGACGGAGAUACGGUGACGGUUGAUGAUGAUUAUCAGAUGGGAUGCACGACGCCUACACGUGAUGAUUGCCGGAUACCAGCAUAUCCGCCUUGUCCACCUCCGGUGAGAAGGAAGAGAUCGCUACUAGGCUUUGGGAAGAAGAGGGAACCACCGAAGAAGGGAUAUUUUCAGCCGCCGGAUCUAGACUUGUUCUUCUCGGUGGUAGCAGCCUCCCAAGCGGCAACCUAGUUGCGCUUAGAUUGUGA